AUGUCAACUAUUUAUUCUGUUACUUACUUCAGUGUUAGUAUUAAAACGAAUUUAAUCGAAGAAAUAAAAUAUAGAAAUAAUGCUGUUAAUCAUUUCUGUUUACUGGUAAAAGAUCCUCAUCGACAAGCUAGUAAACAUUUAAGACAGAUAAGACAUGUGUGCUUGUUAUUAACUGCUCAAUUUACCAUAUUGGAAGAACUACCUAUUAACACUGUCAUUGGUAAUUUAACGUCGAAACUACCAGUUACGCUUCAAAUGGAAAUACAACAACUUCGCUUCCGUAUUAUUACUGGUGAAUAUUCAAAAUAUUUUUCUGUUAAUGUAAAAACUGGUUUGAUACAAAUUAACGAACGAUUAGAUUAUGAGAACAUUUGUCCAAAAGCAUUAUUUCAUUCCAAUUCUAAUAGUCAUGAUGAUGCCACAAAUUUUGAUUCUCUGUGUCAAAUCAUAAUGAAUAUUAAUGUUUUGCGAGUAAUGAAUUCUGGUGUUGAUAUAGUCGAAGUAAUACAUUUGAUCAUUAUAAUUCAAGAUAUUGACGAUAAUGUUUGUAAAUUUCUACCGACAAACAAACAAGAAAUUUUUGUGAUGGAAAAUUUAUUAAAUCAAACAAAUAUGAUAAAAGUCCCUCUUUAUCAGUUAGUGGAUUUAGAUGUGGGACCUGAUAAUGGAAUUAACCGAUCUAGUAUAAAACUGCAACUUGAUCCAAAGUCUAAUGUUUCUUCAAAUGAAAUUUUUGAUUUAAUUUUAACAAAUACAAGUUCAAAGGUUGCUCCUUAUGCCCUCUUCCUACUGAUUAAGCAAUCACUAGAUUACGAAAGCGUUCAAGAAUUCAAAAUGACUAUUGUUGCUAGCAGUUCAACGACCAAGCCAAAAUCAGCGAUUUUGACUAGUGACUUUAGCAGUUAUGUUGAAGAUUUAAAUACAGAAAAGCCUAAUAAAUGUUUCCUUGAUAUUAUUGUACAUGUUAUUGAUAUGAAUGAUCAUCCUCCCACAUUUCUUCAUAAAAAUGCACAUCUGUCUAUUUUGGAGAGUACUGAAACAAACAAGCCAAUAUAUACAGCGAAAGCAAGCGAUUUAGAUGCGGGUCCAAUACACAGUCAACUAAUAUUUGAAUUGAGCUUUAGAAAUUCGCCUUAUAUCGUUUCACAUUUCUAUAUUAAUCCUAAAAACGGUUCGUUAUUUUUAAAACAAAGAUUAGACUAUAAAGAAAGGGCGAAAAUGAAUAUUUUAAUUACAGUAAGAAAUCCAAGAACUGAAGAGAUUGAUAAUAAGACAACGAAUAAUAGUUUAAAUCCUGACGUAUUUGACAAACACCACUACUACAAGUCAUUAUUAAGCAAUACUGAUUCCAGUAUAGUUGAUAAUUCACUACAUGAUACAAUGGAAUUAUUCAUUCAAGUUAUUGACGUGAAUAAUCAUAAACCAGUCAUCUCUGUAUAUACAUCGAAUGGUAGUCCUGAAUUGGUAAUACAAGAACAUUUACCAGCUUCAAUAUUUCCAGUCGAUUUUGCUUUGGUCAGUGUAACUGAUGAUGACAGUGGACGUAAUGGCCAGGCUAAAUGUGAACUAGAUAGAAAUUCAUCUGAUUUUUUUAAAUUAACAUUAAUUGGUUAUGAGUCAAAUAGUGAUAGAUUGAUGACUAAUAAUUAUGAUAGCGAUCAGUUCCCUGACAUACAUUCUAAUGAUUUAAUUAUUUAUAAAAUGUCAGCAGUUGUUUCAUUCGAUCGUGAAGAAAAUGCUACAGUCUAUGCAACGAUCAGGUGUACAGAUCUAGGAAGUAAUCCAUUGAUUACAGAAUAUGUAGCACAAAUACAUAUAACAGAUAUUAAUGAUCACGAACCGAAAUUUCCACAAACUAAUGAAUACAUAAAAGUAAUGGAAGACAGUGAUCCUUUAAGGAGUGAAAUCAAUUAUUAUGUCACACAGUUAGGGGCAACAGAUUCAGACAGUGGUAAAAAUGCAGAAAUCAUUUAUUACAUUGUGGAAGAAUCUGUUCAGAAUAUUAUACAAAUCAAUGAAACGAAUGGUAUAAUACAAACAACUGGUCAGUUAGAUAGAGAAAUGAAUGCUUCAUUUAGUUUUACGGUUGUUGCUAAAGAUUCCGGUGAAGUGAGUAGAUCAAGUUCAGUGUAUAUUCACAUCGCUGUGCAAGAUUAUAAUGAUGAAUAUCCUGAAUUUGACAGGAAGAUAUAUGAAUUUUCUAUUUAUGAAAAUUCUGUACAAGGUUAUUAUAUUGAUACUAUUACUGUAACCGAUAAAGAUAUUGGUAUAAAUAGUCAAUUGAAAUUUUAUCUAACCUAUGAAAAAGAUGAAAAUAUAACCUAUUCAAACAAUGAUUAUUCCUAUUAUUCCAAUUAUCAAGAAUUACGAUUUUCAUCAUUGAAAAAAGCAAUACCAUUUAAAAUUACAUCAAAACGUUUAAAUAAUCAACAUAAUUAUGAAUUGAAUUUAUUUACUGAUGGUAAAAUAGAUCGUGAAGAGUUGGUGAGAUUAAAUCAGCGUAAAUUAAAAACAACAGCCUAUGAAUAUUUGAAUACUGGAAGUGAUAUUAUAAACUAUCGUAAUAAGACCAAUCACAAAUAUAAGGAAUUGUCACGUUACAGACUGAUAUUAACGGCAGAAGACUUUGGAGUACCGAAACGAAUUGCUACUGCACUUAUUUAUAUUAAUGUAAUGGAUGUAAAUGAUGAAGCACCGAUUUUUAUCAACCCAAUCCAAGAGGAUAUGAUUUACACGAUUUCAAUUAAUGAAGUACCAGGUUAUCAAAUUUUAACGUUUAAAGCCAAUGAUCCAGACGAAGGCUCAAAUUCUGAAAUUAAAUAUUCUUUAAUUGAAUCCAUUCAAGAGUAUUCACAUAUUGGAAAUGGAAGUUCAUCAACUUGUAAAAAUUUAAAUCGUAAAUCAGUAAUCCACCAUAAUCAAUCAUGUAAUCUAUUAGAAUAUCUUUAUUUAAAUCAAACUACUGGCAGUUUAUUUCUAUUAAAACAAUUACCGAAUCAUUUAUCAAAUGCUACAUGUCGUCUGUGCGUUAUAGCUUCAGAUGUGGGUAUACCUCCAUUAUAUUCAACACGUUACUUUUGUCUACAUUUAAUGAAUAAUAUAGAAUCAUCACAAUUGAAAUGGAUAUCCUUACAGACGAAUAACAAUGGUUACUCAUUAAUAUACAUAUAUACGGUCUCAGGAACAAUUGGUAUAAGUUUAACUCUGUCCGUGAUAUUUUUGUGCAUAGCAUUUACUGUAUGGAAGUAUCCUAAAUUGAAACUAAAAUCAAAUGUUAUCAAAGAAACCAUGUCUUCUAGUGAUAACCAAAUAUCAAAAAUUCACUGUGUAGCUGGAAAAUCAACUAACAAAGAGACAUACAAUAACAUUAUAUGCACGGAAAAUGAAUUGGCUAACGUGAGCUUCAAUCAUCUAACAAACAACCCAUUAUAUUUCGAUAGAAAUGAUUAUAACCAAUAUUCAAUUGAAAACCGACACCCUCGCAAUUCUUUGCAACAACUAGUCCUUGAAUCACUUCAAACUAGUAAUCAUUAUAAUGACGAUACCUCGAAAAAACCACAUCAUGAACAGAAUAUUUAUUUAAAUCCUAAUUACACUUUAAAUUAUUCAUCAUUACCUCAAGAAUAG